GACUAACCCCACCCCCUUGACUCCGUAGCUCCGCCCCCGCCCCUUGCCCUAGCUGAUUGGCGGGUGCUGGAGGCCGAGCUGGUCACGCCCCCUCUGGAGGCACGCGCAGUAGCGAGGAUCUAGCCCGCGGCCAAGGAGGAGGCAGUCUGUCGCUGAGCUUCUGAGGCGUACUAUAGCGGAGCGGACAGCUGGUUGGUGCUUGGACCACGCCGCGGCCGCAGGUCCCAACACGUGCUUUUCGGCGGCGCCAUGGAACUGGAGGAGUUGGGGAUCCGUGAGGAGUGUGGCGUGUUCGGGUGCAUCGCUUCUGGAGAGUGGCCCACGCAGCUAGAUGUGCCGCAUGUGAUCACUCUGGGACUCGUGGGGCUGCAGCACCGGGGUCAGGAGAGUGCUGGUAUUGUGACCAGUGAUGGCAGUGCCGUGCCUACAUUCAAGGUGCAUAAGGGAAUGGGUCUCGUAAAUCAUGUUUUCACCGAAGACAAUUUGAAGAAAUUGUAUGUCUCAAAUCUCGGAAUUGGACAUACGAGGUACGCCACUACAGGAAAGUGCGAACUGGAAAACUGCCAGCCAUUCGUUGUCGAAACCCUUCAUGGGAAAAUAGCUGUGGCGCAUAAUGGCGAACUGGUAAAUGCAGCUCGGUUGAGGAAAAAGCUUCUGCGGCACGGGAUUGGGCUUUCCACAUCCUCUGAUAGUGAAAUGAUUACCCAGUUACUGGCGUAUACCCCUCCCCAGGAACAAGAUGAUACCCCAGACUGGGUAGCAAGAAUUAAGAACCUCAUGAAGGAAGCGCCCACAGCCUACUCCCUGCUUAUAAUGCACAGGGAUGUCAUUUAUGCGGUGCGGGAUCCAUACGGCAACCGUCCUCUGUGCAUCGGUCGUCUUAUUCCAGUUUCUGAUAUAAAUGACAAAGAGAAAAAAUCUUCAGAAACGGAAGGAUGGGUGGUGUCUUCAGAGUCUUGCAGCUUUCUAUCUAUUGGUGCAAGAUAUUGCCAUGAAGUCAAGCCUGGGGAAAUUGUAGAAAUAUCCAGACAUGGAAUCAGAACUCUUGAUAUCAUUCCAAGGGCUGAAGGAGACCCAGUGGCUUUUUGUAUCUUUGAAUAUGUGUAUUUUGCAAGACCAGAUAGUAUAUUUGAAGAUCAAAUGGUUUAUACAGUAAGAUAUCGGUGUGGUCAGCAGCUGGCGAUCGAAGCACCCGUGGAAGCAGACUUGGUUAGCACAGUUCCAGAGUCCGCUACGCCUGCUGCUCUUGGGUAUGCGGCAAAGCGUGGGCUGCCAUAUGUGGAGGUGCUAUGUAAAAACCGAUAUGUAGGAAGAACCUUCAUUCAGCCGAACAUGAGGUUAAGACAACUUGGUGUUGCAAAAAAGUUUGGCGUGUUGUCUGACAACUUUAUAGGCAAAAGAAUUGUUCUCAUAGAUGAUUCGAUUGUGAGAGGCAAUACUAUCUCGCCCAUCAUAAAACUCCUCAAAGAAUCCGGCGCAAAAGAGGUACACAUUCGAGUUGCUUCACCACCAAUAAAACAUCCUUGCUUCAUGGGAAUAAACAUUCCCACAAAAGAAGAGCUCAUAGCCAAUAAACCAGAAUUUGAAAGUCUUGCAGAGUACCUUGGAGCGAACAGUGUUGUGUAUCUGUCAGUGGAAGGACUGGUUUCGUCUGUGCAACAAGAGUUAAAAUUCAAGAAGCAGAAAGUGAAGAAACGCGACAUUACAAUUCAAGCGAACGGCAACGGCCUGGAGUGCUAUGAGAAGACGGGACACUGCACAGCCUGCCUCACUGGGCAGUACCCUGUGGAGCUGGAGUGGUAGCUGUGUGGCUUUGAGACUAAAGGGUGGUCAGGAAGUGGUUUGUGUGCUGUCCCCUCAGUUGGCAAAGUGGAUCCCACGUGCUUAUGUACGUAUACCUCUAGAAGCUUGGAGAUUUUUCUAAGGUUACUAAAUUGUGAUAAUUGCACCAUGAUGACUACCUGUAAUACGACGUGUGGGGAUUCUUUUUAUGCAAGGAUUGAC